ACCUAGGCUUACUCUUAAUAAAUACACCCUUUAAUUUCUCUAUAGCACACUCUUCUUUCUUGUCUCACCAACCCCAUUGUGCUAUCUCAUCUUCCUCUUCAAUAGCCUUCACCACACUUCAUUCUAUUAACACCCAAAACACAUUCUCUCUCUCUCUGUCUCUCACAAACCUUAGCUUCUUCACUCUUUCUGUACUAUGUUGUACAACAUGCAAAUCCUAGUUUAAUUAUGGGGGAAAUGUUUAUUCUGAUUGAGAAUGCUCCAAUUGAAGCUGAAGUAGAAUGCUUUGCCUUUGCCUUUGCCUAGCUCCUCCUGACCAUUGUGCUUCCCUUCACUAAGGGCUGUGGAGCAGUGGGAUUGUCUGCUAAAUCAUAUACUAAAGUUUGGUGUUAUUUUUAUUUAUUUAUAUAUUUCCAUUCCAAAAGAAAGAGACAGAAAGAAUUGAAUAGAACUAAAGAUUUAUGAUGAUGAUGAGAAGAAGGCUCGCUUGCUGCACUCGUGACAGAGAUAUAAGCCUCGACUUUGACGAGCAAGAAAGAAUAAUGACAUAUAAUGGCCUUGAGAGUUGCAUUAUCAACAAUCAAUCUUAUGAAAACGAAAGCAGAACAAGCAGAGGGGAUGGAUGUCCAACUGACUCCUUGGACGAUGAUGACUCAAGCUGUUCUUCCAGCAAAGAUGCUUUCGGAUCAUUUUCUUCAAAAUGGUUGACAAUGAAGAGGGAUGAACAUGGUUUGGAUGAAUGGGAGCUCUCAGAAAGCCCCCAACAUUUUUAUGUCAAAGACAAACCUACUUAUCCCCUUCAAUUUUCAGAUGUGGAAGCAAUGAAAGAAAAAUUUGCAAAGCUGUUAUUGGGUGAAGAUAUUACUGGAGGAUGCAAGGGCCUUGGCACUGCUUUAGCAUUGUCUAAUGCCAUCACAAACCUAGCAGCGACAGUUUUUGGAGAGUUGUGGAAGUUGGAACCGCUUACUGAAGAAAGGAAAAGCAAAUGGCGAAGAGAAAUGGACUGGUUACUUUCCCCCACCAACUAUAUGGUUGAGUUGGUUCCUGCUAAGCAAAAUGGUGCCAAUGGCCGGACCUUGGAGAUAAUGACACCAAAAGCCCGUGCUGACAUCCACAUGAAUCUUCCAGCCCUUCAAAAGUUGGACUCUAUGCUUAUUGAGAUGCUGGAUUCAAUGGUGAAUACUGAGUUUUGGUAUGCAGAAGGAGGUAGCCGAGCAGAAGGAAGGAACAACAGUGCACGUCAAAGCAAGAGAUGGUGGCUUCCCUCACCUCAAGUACCAACAAAAGGUCUCUCUGACAGUGAAAGGAAGAAGCUGCUUCAUCAGGGUAGAGUGGUACAUCAAGUAUUCAAGGCUGCUAAAUCCAUCAAUGAAAAUAUUCUGCUUGAAAUGCCUGUGCCAAGCGUUAUCAAGGACGCUCUUCCCAAGUCUGGGAAAGCAAGCCUUGGUGAGGAACUCUGCAAAGUCUUGUCUGCAGAAUCAAGCUCAGCUGAGGAGAUGCUCAAUUCCCUCAAUUUGAAAUCUGAACACAGUGCUCUUGAGUCCAUUAACAAGUUGGAAGCUGCUGUAUUUGCAUGGAAAGAGAAAAUUACAGAAAAAGCUAGUGGCAAAUCUCCAGUUCGAACAUCAUGGUCCUUCAUAAAGGAUUCAAUGUCUGAGAUGGACAAGAUGGAGUUGUUGUUGGACAGAGCAGAAUUCCUUCUACAUCAGCUUAAGACCAGAUAUCCAAACCUUCCUCAUACAUUUCUUGAUGUUACAAAAAUUCAAUAUGGCAAGGAUAUUGGGCAUUCAAUUCUGGAAGCGUAUUCCCGUGUUCUUGGAAACUUGGCCUAUAGCAUACUAUGUAGGAUGCAAGAUAUUUUGCAGGAAGAUGCUUUGAGCAAUCCAAAUUCACCUGUGGAUACGCAUUGUUUCCCCAGUAUAAAUCUCUGUGAAACUUCAGCUGUUGGUCUACAUGUAAAGCUCUCGCUGACUGAUGAGAUGAACAAGUUAUCUGUACAUUGCCACUCCAAUUCAAGUGGUACUUCUGAUUUGGAAUUUUCAUAUAGUGAUGCCAAAACAAGUUCUGUGGCUGCAACACCUAGUCGGAGUAGCGUCUGGUGCAUCAGCAGAGAGGCUUGUAUGAGUGUCUCCCCAAAAAAUUCUCCUUGAUAAAAAAGUUGCAACAUAUAUCGGUCAGCUGCAUCAAGGCCUUGAACUCUGCCGCAAAUCAAUCCAUGGCAUUGCAAAGGGCCUGGAGCUACAAAUAGGAGGAUAGAAACUAAUUUCACUGUGGCAAAAUGGUAUACGGACAAAGCAAUUAAAUAUUGGGAACUAAGUAACGAACCCCAUUUGUUCUAAGGACCAAAAAUAAUAGGAACGGUAUUCUUGCCAUUGAGCCAAGUAAACUGGGCUUGCUUGGUCGUAAAGGGUGUUAGAAAUGCUACAAAUACAACAUUUUUCAAAACAUUUUUCACUGUUGCUGAAAUGAUUGACUGCCAAUGGUGGCAAAAAUGUGAUGAAUCCAUGUAAAAAGUUGAAUCCACAACUCGACUACUCCACCAAAUAUAUGAUAUCUAAUUGUUGUGAAAAAGGUUGUGUUUGUGGCAUUUACGUAUAUAAAACAGAGCUGCAUGGUUAUAAUAGUUUUUCUAUUACCAUACAACUUUUGUCACUGCUUGAAGACAAAGGGCGACUGUGAUAAACUUGUGCUCAUAAACUUUCUUAUGCUC